GAGCGCGCAAAAGUCGAUAGUAGUUUGACGUGCGCGCUGCCCGACUCCUCGUGUAUACUUUAUUCCUUCGACCUCCUGAUUCGCGAAUUAACAGUGCCGUGUGUGUUUCAUCAUCAGUCAUCAUCAGUGAGUCGAUCAGUGUCACAUAAGUCGAUAUGAAAGUGCGGUUGUAUCACUCGUAUACUGUACUGGCUGUCACAUUAUUUACCUCAUUCUAUGAUUGUAUCGAAUUGUUACCGAUUCCUCGAUGAUCAUAUCUAAUCUUGCUUAAAUCUCAGACGAUGAUUUAUAAUUACAUCCAAGCAAUCUCCAUAGGUACGUCGUAAGCCGUAAGAGCGAGAAUUCAUUAUUUAAAUACUUAUACCUACAGUGUGCAGAUCUGCAGUGCAUCAGCGCUAAUCGUUCGUUCUGAAUCAGAAAUUUUACCGCUCCAUUUUAUACUUAGAACAGGUAGGUACCUAUCAUUCAGUGGCGUCUUUUCAUUUGUCAUCCGUAUCGUAUCAUCGUGAUAUACGUGACAUUGCUGCAGCACAUGAGAGAGAGAGAGAGAGAGAGAGAGUAUAUAGGUAGACACAAUAACAGGAGCAAGUCAGCAGAGAGAGAACACAGUGAAUGACAGUGAGGGUAUAUGAACUCAUGUCGCCAUCACCAAGUUGUCCAGGCGCCAGUACUCGUACGUUUACUUCGUCGUCAUUAUCAACAACAUAUUAUCUGCAUCGAUUAGCGGAAUCGUCGUCGUCGUCGUUAUCGAGUACAGUCUAUUGUAAUGCCACGACGACGUUAUUAAUUGUUAAAUAGGAGUCCGUCGAACGUGUACGUGUUCGUCGACUUUAUACAGACCGGCCUAAAGAACAAGAAAAUGAUGACGGGAGGGUCACAAACAGUGUAAGAAAAAGACGAGGAGUACGGAAUCAAACCAAGAGUUACCUUCUCAUCAUUGAUGCAUCGUUAUCCGCAUCAAUCUUAGGAUAUAAUUCAAAAAUCUGUUAUGGCAGAUACAGCUAUAACUGUGGAAGAGGCAGAGCCCGAGUCGGAGCCUAGAAGGGCUAGCACAACAGAAAGUGCCCAGUCAACUGGGAUACUUAUGACACAUUCCCAUCCUCCGCCAAAUUCUAAUACAGCACUCGCAACAUUAGGCUUUCAUUUUAAUCCAAUGGAAGAUUCAAGAAGAAUUAUAGCAAACAAUCUUUCCAGCAUAGGAGAAAUCAGUCCUCUAAUAAGUUUGUCUAGAUCUAGACCAGCCUUAUCAAUACAAGAAUGGCUUAAUCCAAAUCACCAAAGACAAUUGCAACCACUGAGUCCAGUAAAUGAGCGAGAUAGCGUAGGGAUAAAUAUUGACAAUCUCUCAAGCGCAUCCAGCGAAACACAUCAGUCUCCGAGUAGUGGUCAUGAGCCUCGCUCGUUUGGAGAAAAUUUUGUAAAUAAUUCCAGAGGGUCUGCAAGUAAUGGAAAUGCCAAUGCAAACAGUAACAAUAAUGAUGAUCCCGAAGCAAAUCCUUCGCAAUCUCUUGCUUUGAAUGCAGAAGCAAGGGCAACACAGAAAAGUUUAGAACAUUACCUUCCAUUUUUAACAAUAAUACUUACCAAAUUUGUAUACGAUAAUGUAUCUGAAAUAUUGAAUUUCGUUCUAUUAGUGGUCACAUUUAUUCAAGCUAAUAACGAUCUUAAAAGAGAAAUUGUGAAACAACAAAAUCGCAACUUCAUGAGUUUAUUUGGCAUAAUUUGCUACAGUCUUGGCUGUCUUGUUUUUAUUAAUUUUGUUUUCAAAGAGCCAAUAUUUAUCUCGUAUACCACUUUACCUAUGACUUUAUCCGAAUUAUUAUGGAUCAUAGUAGUCUCAGAUUACGUGCUAAAACUGACUACUGUUGCCGUAAAAGUUGUUUUAACAUCCCUGCCAGCGGGGCUUCUUCCUUUGCAGAAAAGAGGAAAAUUUUAUUUACUGAUAGAAGCUACUUCACAGCUUUAUCGAUGUUUUGUACCUGUAAAACCUUGGUUGCACUAUCUCUACACAAUCUAUGAUGGUCCUGACAAAGUGCUAGGAGUCAUCCUAUUCAUAAUGUACGGUAUGCACAAGGGAGGUGACAUUUUGUCACACAUAAAAUUGUUGCUGCAGGCUUUGUGGAAAGUCUUUCAAAAUGUGAGUUUAGGGGUAUGCCCAUCAAAGGAGCAAAUCGUCGCUUCGGGCGGUGUAUGUGCCAUUUGUCACGAAGAGUACUCAGCCCCAGUUAAGCUUCUUUGUAAGCACAUCUUCUGUGAAAGCUGUGUCACUACCUGGCUCGAUCGAGAACGAUCCUGUCCAUUGUGUCGCGCGUCUAUAACCGACGAUCCUAUCUACAGGGAUGGUCACACAACGCAUUUUAUUCAAUUGUAUUAGAUUUUCGACGAUUACACAUGUUUCUACUUUCAGAGUAUCAAAUAUUUUUGUUUGGUUAAAUGUAAGUAAGACCUUGAUUACAUUAGAAAAUUGAGAUUGACAAUAGCAUUUACAUAUUCUGAAAGUAGAAAAAUUUAAACUCCAAUGGUUUUUGUAAAUAAGGCACGGGAUGAAAGACUAGAUAAAAAUAAGGAUCCAACUUUUGGUUGGAUUUUUUAUAUUACUUAAC